AUGAGACAAGGCGAGAUUGAGCUCGAAUCUUCCGGUCUUUGGUCCGUGGUCUUAGAACCGCAUCGAGCAGUCAUCCUCAAUCUUGGGCAAGAUUUGAAGAUCUUCAACAUUUCGUUGCCUCAACAUGUAAAUCUGGAUUCGACUGGAAAACCUAAGCGUGUUUCGAUGCAAAUCGGAUUGCGAGUGAAAGGCGACAAAAGUGCAGGCCAUGCUAUCACCCCCGUCAACCUCCUUCCUUCUGGGAAAGAACAGGUCGAGGCUAACAUCCAUCUCACCACCCAAUUUGAAUAUGUCCUCGAGAGUAAGAGUGAAACGGCAAUACAUGUUAUGGGCAAGUUUGAAGUCUCGAGGGAGGGAAAAUCGGAGAAGACCAAAAUGCGCUACAUCGUUCGCAAAAGAGUUCGAGAUGAGGAAGACGAGGGAGCCAACGGACAGGAGGAAGCGGCAGGCGCUGUUGAUGCUGAUCAUCGUCCGCGUAGGGCUUUGACUGCGGAGGGAACUCAGGAUACUCUUUUGGUAGAGGGAAGUGAGGCAGGAGCUUCUGACGCUGGUAAUGAUCAAGACUUGGUUUUAUUCUCGCUGCCAUGCGGAGGUGGCUCCGGAGAGGAACAAGUAGAAUACGAAGAAGCAGAGACAGCUAGACUUCUUCAAGCACGGGACGAGGAUGAAACUGACGAACAGGCAGAAGGGGAUGAAGAGGGGGAUGAAGAGGAGGAGGAGGAGGAGGGAGGAGGAGGAGGAGGAGGAGGAGGAGGAGGAGGAGGAGGAGGAGGAGGAGGAGGGGGUGGUGGGGGAGGGGGAGGAGUGAGGGAGGAGGACGGGAAGGGUAUUUCCGGAAUUGACAUUUCGUAA